AAAUAAUACGCUUUAAUGAAAAGUGGAAUGUCAAUCUUUUUUAGCAAACGAAUAGACUCUCGUUUAUCUGCGUAAAUCUACGCACUACUUUCUUUUAUCUGUCUUUGAAUGACUCGCAAUAUGAAUUACAUAAAAAUUACUUUGAAUUUUAUGUUUAUUUACUUAACAAUACGUCGUAUCUGCGAUUAUGCGUUAUAUUAUGUCAGAUAUUAUUGGCAAUUAGCCAAUGUUUUGCGCUAGGUUCUGCAGUUGGAUCAAAUCCUAAUCCUUUAUUACAAAGAGCAACUUGUCUCUGUUUGUAAUCUGUUUGGGUGGAAUCUACGCUUUUGAAUAAAGAUUCGAAAAUACCCUCGUCUACGAAGUUCUCUAAAAAUAUAGCUAGUUCUUUCAUUGGGUAGGUUUAGUGAAAUGGGAAGCUAACAUUAUUUAUUAUGUUACAGAAUCAUCACUCUGAAUAGUGUCGUGAAAAUUUUGGUUGGAGAUCGUCGUUUAUUAAAAAUUUAUUGCCACAUGAAAGUUUACAAAAGGUGUAACUAGUAAUCGUUUUACUUAUUGAUACUACCUGUGUUGAUAAGUAAAAGCGUGCAUACCCCCUCAUCUACAUCCCGAGAAAAAUCUAAUCUUAUCGAACCAAAACCUAAUAAAAUUAAUGAGAAAUGAGUUUGGAUUAGAUCCGGGUUACCUUAACAAAAUCUCGGUUAUUCACACUCUCUUAAAUGCAGUUCGCAAAUAGCGUCCAGAAUAUUACAUACUUUUGUGUAAACUUGUGUAAAAACCCCAACUAAGUUCUUUACGACGCUACUCAGGAUGAAGACUUUGACAAUAUAUCAAAAAUUACCGAAAUCGGAGGUGAUUUGUGAAUAUUUACUAAAGAAGUGAAGAAAAACAAAGAAAAAUCCUGUAUACCUGUUUUAGAAAGAAAUGGUAAUGGCGGAAAUAGUUAUUUUUAUAAUCUGCCAAGUAGACGGCUGUACGGCGUAUUUUAUAGAAAUAGGACGAAAUCUGUUCGCGUCAUCGGAAUUCACAAUAACCAAACGCAAGCUAUUAAAAAUACAUUUAUUCUCCUAAAUAAUAGUUGACAUACAUAUGUAUAUUACUAUGAAAAUUUUUAACAUUUUUACUUAUACAUAUACCUAAUUAUUAUGCUAUUAUUACAACAGAUUAUUGAACAUAUAAAUUCGCAACAAAAUACUAUUCCUAUUGACUAAGGAUAGAACCUUAUUUCUAUUAUUACAACUAUUGAAUUACACAUUAUCAUAUACAUACGUAUACGUAUAUUUCUCUUUUCCUAUAUCGUCCUCUAAUAUUCUUAAAUAAAAAGUAAUUAGAAAAUAUACAAAUUAUUAAUUUUAUUAUUAGGAUAAAUGAAUAAGAAACUAAAUAUACAUAUAAUGCUCUUGAAAUAAGAAACAAGAGACUGUUUUACCUCGAAGUUCAUCCACGUUUACGAUUAGAUAGUGAGUCGAUAAUAUUGAGUACAAUAAAAAAGUAACAAAUGAGUAAUUUGAGUAGCAUUACCACAAAUUGUUUUCUCAACCUUAAUAUCACUAAUUAUAAUUACAUACGUACAUUUUUAACAAAAAUCUAGAGUGAAGUUUUGAUCGAACCAUCCGUCGAUAAUACAGAUAAGGAAUAACUCCAUAGGCUUUCGUUUCGCAUUUAUAGACUACUAUACUAUAUAUAUACUUAUAUGUCAUGUCAGUCACAAUUCGGGUAUUGCACUAAGUUUUUAUAAACCGCUUACUUGUCAAGAAAUAAUUUUUUCGUUGAAAAAAAUGCGCACAUUAAUAACAAUAAGUCAAGUAUUAUAUUUAACGAAGCAUUUCAAUUCGAUUAGCGCAUCUUAAGCGAAAGUAAGAAAUACAUACACAUGUUACGAAGCGGAGCUGUUAUCAUAGCACUGUAAACAGAACGAGAUUGUAUUGUAUGAUUACUCGACACUUAAAAUGUCCGUGACUGAAGAUAGAAUUCAAGAAUUAAACAGACGAUUUCUGGAAUUUAUGAGUAAAAGCGAGAAUGUGGAAGGUGCGACUAAAGAAAUUUUUGACGACCUCCUAGAUGAAGUUUUAAUGGGAUUUGUUUUCGAUGUACAUCGAACUACAAAAACUGGUAGUUCUGAUGUAGAAGAAGGCAUACCUGAUGAUGAAUCUUAUGCUAUUGUAGAUUCUCCAGGAUUGGAUGUUUUUGGACAACAUCCUGUCAAGAAAUCCCAAGAAUGCAAUUGCCCAAAUUGUGAUAGAGGAGUCGCAGCUUGUCGUUUUGCAACUCAUUUAGAGAAAUGUAUGGGCAUGGGACGAAAUAGUUCAAGAAUUGCAUCAAGACGCAUAGCAAAUAAUUCAAAAGAUCUCAGUAACUUCAGUGGUGUUAUAAGCGAUGAUGACGAUGAUGUUGAUUGGAGCUUAAAUAAUGAUAAGCGUAAACGCAGGAAAGAUCGCAAUGGUAUAAAAAGAACAAAACAACAAAAAAGUAAUCAAAGGAAUGGGGAAACUAUAAGUGAACAUAUUCAUAGCAGUAAUGAGAAUUCUCCAUCAAAUUACGAAAAUAUGUCCUUGGAAGAUAAAAGGAUUUUAUUAACACAAAUCUGUGGAGUAAUAUCAGAGCAUACAAAAAAGUUAUGUACAAGAUCUAUGCGGUGUCCACAACAUACAGAAGAUCAAAGGAAAGAAAUGAGGGCAAAUUUGGAAUCUGGAAACAAUAUACAACCUAGUCAAGAUAAUCUUCAUGUAGAUGUAGACACCUAUGAAGAAGGAGAUGGACAAAAUUUAAGAGAAGCAUUAGCACGUUGGGAUCGUGAGGGAUCAAGUCACUCGAGUCCAGCGGAUUCUACAUCUACCACAUCUACAUCUUCAAUAAGUAGAAAACGAGAAACAAAAUCAAAAGGAAAAGGCAAAGGUUCCAAACGCGAUCGCGGUUCGCCCAUUUCACAAGGAGAUUAAAAUUAGUUUGUUUAAUUCAUUUUUUAAUUUUAUGAAUUUUCUAACAAGGAAAGUUAUGUAACAAUAAUGUUCCUAUGCAUUGUAUAAAGCUUUAAGAAUAUAUUAUCCAUCAUAAAAAUA